CCAUUCCCUAGAGUGCUUUUCUGGACAACACAGCUGUGUCGUCGAAUAGUCUGAUUCCUGCAAAAAAAAAAAAAAAGAAACGUUUCUAGAAACAGAUUUUCUAAAAACGAGAAAUGAACGCGACCUAAGUUUCAAGAUCUAACCGUUUCUAUCUGAUGUUGCGCCAUUGCCUCUCGACUUCAGCGUUAGAAUCUUUGGUAGAAUUUACACUGCACAGAAUCCCGAGGAACCCAAAACCCCGUGAAACCGAAUCGACCGUCGCUCAUAAUAAGUUUCCUCGAUAGAUCUUUUCUCUCCUACCGAGCGAGACUACCGAAAGUACAGAAAAACGUAGAAAAAUGUAUACUUACGUGUCGUACGAAAAUGACGUGUACUGGGGAAAGAAAUCGAUUCGCAUGCUUUUCUUCUUCGAUUUUGAACGACAGAGUAGGCGACGAACUCCGCUAUCUGUUCCAUUAAUCUAUUCCAUUUCGUUCAUAAUUAAUAGUCGCGUGCCGUGAUUUCGCGUGCGCUCGACUCGUCGAAAGAACCAACGAUUCAGUUGUAAAACAACGUUAACCAGCGAGAGUAAGCUAUGUCAAAGAUACCGAAGGAACACGAUUAUUUCUACAAUGAGAUAUUGCCGGAUUUUCGAAUCCGUGAGACAGUCAUCCUGAACGAAAAGAAAUCCGUGCUAACGGACGAUCGGACUCGCGUUGGCAUGCAAACCAUCAAUCCAAAAUCGAAGAGUGGAAAGUACUUUGUGGAAUUCGCAAGCGGUUCGACUAUACAUGGCCUUAAACAUUUGGUGGCGCCUCAUAGACAUCCCAUAGAAAAGAUCCUGGCGGUUCUGUUCAUCUUUGGAGCCCUGCUCUGCUUGAUCUACUUGUCGUUCCUGUUCUGGGAUCGAUAUCAAAACUACGCUACGGUCAUCGUAGUGGACAACGAACGCGACCAGUUCGAAGUAUCAAAGCCGGCUCUAUUUGUUUGCCCGGUGCCGAAUGUAAACGACAGCAAGCUCCCAGAUGUUUUCAAAAAGCACGGUGUCGAGCACACUUCGGAAGCGGAAGAGUUCUUCACCUUCCUCGCCAAUGUCAAUUACCAAACCAUGUCCCAAACACCUAACUUCGACAAGGUACCGCCAAACAAGUGGUUGGGCAUUCUUUACGAUUUGCGAAGAUACCUUCCGCGUAACGUCGGUAACGAAGAGGAUCCUUUAGAGGCAUGGGUAGUGACGGAAAGAGGCUUCUGUUUAGCGAAGAGGAACGUCUUCGCGGUCUACGCUACGUACGAGUAUUGGAUGAGCAACAAUUGGACCGUCGUUCCUAUACCUACCAACGUAUCCUACUAUGAUCACAACGACGACCGUUUGCAAACCUCCGUUUUCGCAAUGUACAUAGCGUUGCUGGCCGUAUCCGAUCCUUUCGAAGUGUUACUGUACGACGUUCCCACGACGAAGAUCGUGCCGCAAUUGUUGCAGCGAUUGAUCAUGUCAAUAUCCGCGAUCAAGACGGACCCGACCGUCAAAGAGCUACAGAUCAGUCAAAGAAAAUGCAAAUUCCACAACGACGGUGGUUUAAAAACGUGGCCGGUCUACACGAGGAACAUGUGUAAGAUGGAGUGCAGGAUGCGAGUGAUAGAAGACCGUUGCAAAUGUCGGCCGCAUUUUGCCAGGCCUAUAGAAGGCGUGAACGUAUGCAACGCGGAGCAGCUACGUUGUAUCGGUAAGAUAACAAAGGACCUCUUCUUAUUCGAACAUACACCGUAUUUCUGUGACUGCGAUCCAAAUUGCGACCUUGUUACAUACCAGAUAUCGGAGAAAGAUGUCAACGAACUGAAUCAAGUGCCGACCAACUCGUCGUUUGUUAAUUUAAUCGUCGAACUGCCUCAAAUCGUCUAUCAUCGGUCGCUGAUGUUUGGAUUUACCGAUUUCUUAACUGGCGUUGGCGGUGCCGCUGGAUUAUUCCUGGGAGCAAGCGUAUUAUCCUUCGUGGAGAUCAUUUAUUACGGCACGUUCCAUAUAUGCUUCUACCUGAAACGAGUGAGCCGAAGUUACAACAAAGAUAAGACAGUUAAUUUAUCUUAAGCAACAAGUAAACCAUCUUUCUUUUCUUCUACUGGGAAAAAGUAAUACAAAUGAAUGAAAGGUAUUUAAAAAAUAUUGUGUUUAUUUCAAAACAAGUUGCAUCUUCCUGACAAUACACGAUGUAAAAUAAAUAUCGUCACAUACA